CUGGCGCUCGAAGGUUGUUGUGCGGUUUUCGCCGUUUCCACAACAACUCUGACAGGAUUUAUAGAAUUUUUAGUAGUCACUAAAUUUAAUCUUUAAGAUACUGAGAAGACUGUUUAGGGAAAAAAUCAACUCAUUUUGUGUCCUUAAAGCAAAUUCUUGCGUUUUAUAAGCCAUAUAGCUUUAAGUUAACUUUGUUCUGUUCACGUUCAAAAUGGAGGAAAUUGCUAAUGAGAUGAACUUCGAUGAAGGCAUUGCCAUGCCAGUAGCAAAUCUGGAGAAUAAACAGCUGGAAAGUGAGGUAAGGUUUGCUCAGGGAAACAAAAUAGAUACGUAAAAUACACGUUUGUAUUUUCAAAGUAACAGAAAUGUGCUAUUUAACAUAUUUUACUGCAUGUUCAUAAAUUUAGAAUUUUAAAUUAUAAACUGAAACUUAUACAUGUAACUGGCAAGAUUUCUGCACAAUCUUAUAAAUAACUUCUGCAGGGAUUUUUUCAUGGCACUCUCUGUAUACUCGUUCUUUCUUUGUGAGGAAUAUUUUGGAAGUACAUUUUUCAAUUGAGUGCAGUUGUGUUAAUGAUAUAUGAAAUAAAUGAGUGCAGUUGUGUAGAAAUCUUUCCUAGAUGUUUUCUCCCCAUAGCACGAGUAGAUUGCAGGGCUAUUGCCAUAUAGGUUUAUAUACCCUGUAUUGCUCAAUCAGUUCUAGCGAGCCCAUUCCCCCCUUUGAAGUUUGCUGCAUGUAGCAUUGCGAUACACUAUAUAUUCAUACUGUCUUGCCAAGAUCACACAUAUCUUGGCACGAUUACUGAGGAAAGGGAUUGUGAGAUCUUGCCGAGAUCAAGCCUUUCACUUAACUUUUUGGUGGAAAUGAAUUCGUAUUUCUUGUUAAUGGUUACUUAACAAGUAAUCUAGAAUUGUAAGUUGUGCAUGUGAAAUUGCUCUGUAUGCAUUUGAUCAAUCUUGAUCCUCAGGUGUAACAUGCAUGCGAAAUGUAUAUGAGUUGGCAGAUGUAUGGAACUGAGGAAUUUGUCCAGAUUUUUUGAGUCUCAAAGUGAGGUUUUCCAACAAACUAUGGGCUUGUAAAAAAUUACCAGUUUGAACAUGUUAUCACUUUUAUGAAAAUCCGUCUUCUCAACUCAAAAAUUUUAUGAGUGGCUUGUUUAAGGUUAACAAUCUGACGGAUAUGCAUCCCUAAAGACACAGAUUUUACAGAUGUUUGUAACUGGUAACAAGUUUUUGCUACUCACCAAUUUUUUUUCAAAACACUGUAGUUGGAAUCUCUUAUAAAUAACAAGGUAAUCUUAGAAUUUUUGGCUGACAGUCUUUUGUCAUCCAAAAUGAUACUUUGUCUUUAGGUAAAGUCUAACCAAAAUUUUUCUCUCCAAGAUAACUGACACUCAGAAGAAUAUAACGUCAUAUAAAGAACAACAGGAUGAACACUCCGAUAGAAUCUAUGCUAUGAGUGAACAUCUGAGAAAUGUACAGCAAGAACUACAACAUACACAGGUAAACAAAGCUCAUUGCACUUGCCAAGCUAACGAAUCAGGGGCACCCAAUUAGAAUAUAGUUCAAAACCACUUAAACAUAGCAUUGUUAAAUGUAUUUUAGUAUAGAAACGGUAGGUAUGGGCAUAUUUUUAUCCCCUAAAAAUUUUUUAUCUGUUCGGAUUUCCUAGCUGAAACUCUAGUGAUCCGAAAGUUAUAGGGAUCAAAACCUACCUUUUCGAAAAUUCCAGCCAGAAAAAAGGCUCUCGGAAAUUCUAGGUGACCUUUUUGGGGUAAAAAUCCAUUAAAAAUGGGCAAUAUGACAUUUUUUAGAUGUUCGAAAAUCCUAGGAGAGGCAGGCAAGCAAGAAAUUUUACACAAAAUGUUCCGAAAAUUCUAGAUCUCAAAUCGUCUUCCGAACAGAUCUUUUCCGAAAAUUCACGUUGGGUGCCCCUUACAAAAUUAAUGAUAAAAGUAACAAAUUAUCAUUUGACUUUUAGCAAUAGCCAAAAACAGUAAAACUGGUGAUGAGUUUUUUCCAGUAUAUUUGUUUACUUAUUUUUAUGCACAGGAUUUGCUGAAUGCGAGAAAGAGAGAAAUAGAGACUGAAAACCACAUGAAGCAAAUUGGUAUGUACAUGUAUGAUGUGAUAUGUUUUUUCAAACACAAGGGAGCUGCUUAAUCAUAUUCUGUUCUGAUUAUGGUAACCCUGGUCCAAUUUUGUUUCCUAUUUAGCUCAACGAGAAGAGGGAAGGCUCAAUAAUGAAAUUAGAAGAGUGAAUAAUGAAAUAAAUGAUUUAACUGAGAAACGUAACAUCCAAGAGGUGAGAAAUUUAUUUUGAUGCAUAACUUGUUCUUGUUACUGACCAAACAUCCAUAACAAAUUCAAGUAAUAGAAAGCAGUAGGUUUCAAGAGGGUAUCCAUCUUUCAUGGCUUGAUGUGUUAAGCUCUCCAUAUAUUUUAGAGUGGUUGUUUCCUACAAUAUUAGACGAGGAUAACUACAAGGAUGAGAUUGCCUCAAUACUAAGCAAUGCUCGUGCAUGAAUCAGUACCAUUUUGGUGGGAAAAUGUGAUAGCUAUCAUCAUUCAAAAGGUUGAGUUUGAUCGUCCGGGUGAACGUAGUCCUGAAUAGGACUGUUGUUGUUGAUAGUGACUGAUGUUUGAACAACCUGUGCAUUCAAUUAUUAUGGUUAAUAGCAAGAUUGUUGUUGUGGCGGAAUUUUUAUCCUUUUGUGAUCGGGAGAGGGCUUAACCUCCUUCAAUAAAAAUACCUGUGCUAAAUUUUCUGACGAAAAAAGUAUAAUAAAGUUUUCUGGGAUUCUAUUUUUUGGGAAAAUGUGAAGAAACUCCAUUAACUACAAUUUUGAACCUACAAAUUUCUUCUUCAUGUUUUGGCCAGCCUGUUGGAGCAGACCAAGAUUUUAUAAGUUGACAUAGUACAACUAGUCUUAAAGUGGCUGCACUUAAACUAUUUCUUCUCCUUAUUAGAACAACAUUUUUAGGAACACACAACGUCUGGAGGAUUUAAAGGGCCAGAUGAACUGGGAUCAGAAAGCCUUGGAAGCCUGGCUGGAGGAAUCAGCCAGGAAAGAUGAAGAUGCACUGACUCUUCAAAAGUAUACUCGUGCUGAUGAAGGCAAAGUAAAGGUUAGUUUAAUCCAAGUAAAUGUAAGUGAAAUUUAAUUUAGAAAACAAAUAAGAGCAUGCAAAAUUACUGCUGUCAAAAAGGUUUGAUUUAAGAGCCUAUAUAUCCAUAAUAUAUGUGUAGGAUUUUGCCCACAGAUGUAGACAUGUGUAAACUUAGUUUUUAGUGCUUUAGGCCUGUCAAACUCUUCAUGGACUGAAACCUUUAGUUAGUUCCUUCAAUUAAGUAUGCUAUAAGGUCAAUAUUUGAAUCAAUUAAGUCUGGCAUAUUUAAUUUGGGUUGAACCAAUUAUUAAGUUCAAGUGGCCUACACUGGAAUUUUUGCUGUGGAACUACUGAAUUUCAAAAUAAAAUGAUGAACUUUUCAUGUGCCAAAUCCCAUGUAAAAAAAUCACUAAUAUUCAUUUUGCAUGUACACCACCACCAUGAACUGAGUUUGACUACUUAUAACUUCAGUGUCUGAAUCAACUGCUGAAUGUUUCAUUUGGGUUAGGACCCAAACAGGUAUAGACUAAUAUUUGAGCAUGGCUACAUGAAAAGUUUAAUGUUUGAAUAAGGCCUUAUUUAUCUUUUGUUGAUUACAGGAACUAACCUUAAGAAUGGAAAGAAUGACAGAUGAUGCUGCAAAGAAGAGGAGAGAACUGGAACAUGAGCUUACUCUUACCAUGACAGCUCAGGUACAGGGUCAUAAAUAGAGUAGACGCAACUUUUGCCUAAUAACUAGUGAUUUUGUUACAAAUACAGUCGUGGAAGCUCUCGUGAGUGGACACCCUCGGGACAACAAAAAGGUGUCCGUAACUGACUGCUUACGGGAAUGUAAAAAUACAGAGUUUGUAUGGGGGUUGAGAAAAAUGGGAAUUUGUGAAGGUGGCCGUUUGUUGAGCUGUUUGCUUACGAGAGUGUCUGUUAGAAAAGCUUCUACUGUAGUUAUGGUGAGUCCUGGGACUCAUCUUGUGAAAAAUCUGAAUGUUUGCGUUUUUAGAUUGAGUUAGACAAGACGGCUGAGGAGUUCCGCAAAGCACAUGGUGAGCGACAAGAAUUGUUACGGCAGUGGGAGAAUACUAUUGAACAGAUGCAAAAGAGAGAUAGAGAAAUGGACCAACUGGCUGUGGUAUGUUUAUGAUAUGGCACUGAUCCCAAAAAUUGACUUUUGUGGGCAAUUCUUCCUGCCUGUUAGUGGCAACCCUGCCAAGCUGAGACAGCAGUUGCAAUGUGAUUGGCGUUUUUUGUUUUUAAAUGGCUUUAGUACUUUUAGAGGACGGUCUCUCUAAAGAGGAUAACGAGUAAGUGCGCGAGCUAAAUGACAAGUUUAAAACGACAAAAAAAAUAAUGUUGUAUGUUCGACAACAAAGAACGGAAUUAAGUGCAAAUACUGGUCAUUUCUGAGAGCAUCUUUUAGCCACGAACCAUGAAUUUCGUAGUUGAGGCAUUUCUUUGUAACUUCUUGCGUUUUAGGCAAUUUACCGUAGAUUCAAGCAAGACUAAAACAGAAAUAACUAAAAUAGAUUCAUAUUUUUUUCUCGUUCUUCAUUCUACAUUUUGGUCUCUACAUUCAUCACAUUGUUGCAUAAACUUGUCAUUUUGCUCGUCCAUUCAGUAAGUUUUUUCCUCAAUAAACUGAUUGUCGCCUAAAAGUAGCAAAAGCCAUUUACUAACAUUUCACAGAGAAAUCUUGACUUAAGAGGGCUCUAUUUAAUAAACAGUUAUUCAACCAUAAUGAUUACAUAAAGAGUACACUAUUUUUUCCUUUUUAGAAACUUGCUGAAGUGAAACUUGAAGUGAGAGACAGAGAGGAGCAAGUUCAAGAAAAACAGGUGAUUUACAAUUUGUUUUCUGAGUCAGUUAAUAGUCAUCCUCCUUGUUUUGCUGUAUCACCAGAAACAUGGAGAUGUACAUGUGAGGGUAUUUACAGUUAUUAGUAUGGGAAUUCAGAGCCCUUGACUGACUUAUUUUAUAUUUUUUAAAAGUAUUAUUUUAAACUUUUCUAAAAUUGUAUUUUAUAUUAUCAUUUUCUUGAAAUGUUAGAAAUUUUUGGAGAGUGAGCUCGCCAACAAUCAAGAAAAAGAAAAGAAAGUUGGUGUGGCUGAGAGGCAGGCUGCCAAGCUACGACUUGAGUACCAGGACUCUGAACAGAUCCGCAUUCAGUUCCAAGAUGAGGUAAAAUUUAGCUGUUAAGAAGAUUUACAAGGAUGUUCUAUGAUCUGUUGGCUAACUUACCUUUCGUACAUGAUAAAUGUUGUGGAAGUCAAACACAAAUUAAUUUUUGAGUCACAAAUUCAACUUUUCUAUGUCAGCCUGAGAAUGCAGAAACAGAAUCAGUCUAAUUUUUGUCUCAAAAAGUGACAUUCAAGGUUGUGCCUAAAGGAAAUAUUAGGGAGAUAAAAGCAACAGGGCGGCAGAAAGAAGAGGACGGCAAAAUGUUUGUGUGGGAAAGACAAUUUUUUAAAGCAAUCAAACACUAAUUUUUUGUUGCUUCAGAGAGAGAGGCAAAAUUCAUGGUAAAAUUUUGUUUUAUUUUUUUAUUUCCCUUUUCAGCUUGAUACCCUGAAAUACACUGUGGACAGAACUGCAAAGGAUUUAGAUAGUACCCGACAAAAAUACAAUUUACUGAAGAAGGAGGUUGCCAACAGGACAGAAAAGUAAGCUACAGCUUCGUUAUUCAUAAAAAUUGGAACUCAACAAAAUUUUGUACUUUUAGUUUAUAAAAUGCUGAAAACCAAAUUGUGCCGUGUGAAAUUAAAGCACUGCUUAAGAGGUUUCAUUUGAAUGGUGACACCAUAGGAUUUCAUCCACAGACCCAAAAGUUAGAACUACAUACUAAAUAUAUAGUACCAUGUGAAAGUACUGCUGAAGAGGUUUCAUUUGAAUGGUAACAUCAUAGGAUUUCAUCCACAGACUCAAAAGUUAGAACUACAUACUAAAUAAAUAGUACCAUGUGAAUUAGUACUGCUAUAGAGGUUUCAUGUGAAGGGUCACACCGUAGGAUUUCAUGCACAGACUCAAAAGUUAGAACUACAUACUAAAUAAAUAGUACUAUGUGAAAGCACUGCUGAAGAGGUUUCAUUUGAACGGUCACACCAUGGGAUUUCAUCCAUAGACUCAAAAGUUACAACCAUCGUAAAACAUGUCAGUUAUUCACUCUGGGAGUAAUGUUAUGUUGCAUCUUUUUAAUAAAAUUCCCUCGCCUUUCUUUACACCCAGUUUAAUUGUAUUUAAUUUCAUGUUGGUGUUAUCAUUUAUUAGGCUUGAGAGAGUUCAAAAAGAACGAGAUGAUCUGCAUCAACAGCUGAAAAUUGUGACAGAUGAAACUCUUACUGCUGAGGAAAAAGCACAGAUGAUGGACAUGUUACUAAAGGAAGAAGAGGCUAGAAUUUACGAUGUGGAGAAACAACUGAGCAGACUGCGGGAAACACAGGUUGGCAUAGUAUUUCGUAGUGUUAACUCUUUCAGUCUCCAGAGCAAUCAACACUAAUAUUCCCCUAACAAUAUCAAAACAUAACCAAGAGAAAAAGAAAAAUGAGAAAUAGGAAAACGAUCAUCUAAAGGAAAGUGCUUUGAUCUUUGGAUCAGUAUAAAAAUUCUGGGAAGCUAAAGCUGCCCACCCCCCACCCCCCCCCCCCCCAGUGGGGGAGCGGGGCACUCCCUCAUGUAAGCCGUAUGGGUAUCUGCCGCCCCAAAGGGUAUAGUUUUUCUGCCAUUUCGGUCUGAAAAUGGGUAUAGACUUUGCUCACUUUAGUCUGGAAUCUGGUAUGGUUUUCGAGUGUAUGAACCUAUUUAUGGUUUUUUAUUCCAAAUGAAUAAGAAAGAAAGGGAAAUAUGUGAAUUUGAAGUGAAUUUUAAGAAAUCUUUUUUGUUGGCAUUUCAAUCUAAGUAAUGAUGGCAUAAUUUCCUUGAGGCCAGGUCUGAAAACGGGUGUGAAAAAUGACACUUUUUGGUCUGAAAUAGGGUCAGGAUUUGGCAAACCGGGCGGCACACCCCAACCAAGAAUUCCCAGGAGUAACCCCCUCUCCCCCGGGAGCGGCCCACUUACUCUUCUUCUAGUGCUAUAUUAACCUUUACUUUUCAUUUAGAGGAAAAUGCUGGUAUUGAUCCAGAUUAUUUGUAUUUAAUCCUAAAAAUCUUCCUGUAAUAAAAUUACUGGUUCCUUUUUUUCGCUUCUCUAGUUCAGAAAAACAGAGGAACUUCACCAAUGCAAAGUUUUGGAGUCCAAUACUGCUGCAGAAAUUCAGGUAGGUUAAAUCAGAAAGGUUUUAUUUUCCUUUGUGGUUCACCAUUUGUAAGCAAGUGGCAUCACAUCGUAGAUAAUAAUUAGUAGUAUUUGUGUCAUAAAAAACUAAAACAACUAGUUAAAAAUUAAAACCCCUUUGCAAGCCAAUUUUUCUUUGCUAUAAAGGAAAAAUGAAUACCAGGAGAUAAAAACAACUCUAAUAUAAUUUUUGCUUCCAAUGAUGAGAUUAAAUCAACUGUAGCCUGUAGCAAGUGUUUCCAACUAAGUUAUUACACAAAAGUUGGAGCAAGAGUCAAAAAAAUGGAGGAAGGGGGAAAGGAGGGGAAACCAUUCCCUCCCCCUCCCCCUUCAUUCCUCUUUUCUGCUCGUGGCCCAUCUUUCUGACGAACUCAUGUGGACACGCUUGUUGUGCAGGCUAAAUCAACUAUGUUAUCUAAUCUGAUCUUGUCUCAUCACUUUCGAUAAUGUUUGAUACUUUUGUUUUUCUUUUUUGGGGGUGUUACCAGGGAGCUCGUGCAGCUAGUAGGAAUUUAAGCAGCAAACUUCACAAACUCGACCAGGAAUCACUUAAACAGCAAGAGAUCAUUUACAUGCAGGUUUGUUUUUGAGAAAAACACCCCGCACAUAAUGAAACCUCAACAACUUAAACUUGGUUAGAAUUAUUGAUAGGAAAGGUUGUUAUGAUCAAAGUAAGUAUUGAAAUGCAAAGGUGGUUAUGCAAAACUGUCCCACAAUUUGAUUUUCCGUGAGUGACAAAGUUGCAGUGCUAAAUUACUCGGAAGUACUCGUAUUUUUUCUUCCGAGCCGCCUGUGUCUCUGACUACAAAAAACGAAUUCUUUCUCAUGUGGUCACCAGGCUUGAGAUUCACCAUCACAGUAAUUUCUAUCAAGCUGCAAGUAUUCUAGGUUCAAGUUUACAAGGACAUUUUAAGACAUAGUUAUCCCUCAGGUAUUGUCUUUUGACAGUGACCUAUUGUUUUGAGACAGUACUUGAGAUAUGAUUAAGACUGAGGUGGUCUCACGAAUCCAGACUUCGAUUCAGGACUCCAAGCAAAAAAGAAACCUUACAGAAAUUCUACUCUUUUGUACACCGGUAGUCCCGUUUUUGAUUUGCUCUUUUAAGCAAUAAUUUUGGUCAAGGAUUAAGUACUGUACAAUAAUCAAUAAAAUAAUUAUUUUGGGAUGGUCUUAGGAUUUUCAGCUGCAGCAGUUGGAGCGUAGAAUAAGCCGUAUGCAGGGAGAGCGAAGCAAUGAAGAGAAGCUGCAGCUUGAAGCUAGGAUCAAGGUAAAGCUUAAAACCAACUAAGAUGGUGCAACAACGUUAAAAAUAUGUAUCACUUUAUGAUCAACAUAUUGGCCUCCGAACUACAACGGAAAGACGUCUAGCAUUUAUUCUUCAGCGUAGUAGUAAACAUGAAUCGGUGGUUUUUACUCGAAUUUUUCUUAACGUUGAAAUUAUGAAAGUACACUUUCUGAUCCACACAUUAGCCCCCAAACUACAUACACAGCACUAAAAAAUACACAGCAAUACUUGUUUCAUUAUAGUUGCCAAAGCGAUUGAAGUUGGUUCUGUUUGAUUUUUGCAGGAGCUGAUGUCGCAAAUGGAGGAACAUAACUCAACUCACACGCUACUCAGCGCUCAAAUGAAAAACUUAAAUGUAAGUUUGUUGUUAAAUCUAAAUUUCUACGGCCUUAAGGCAGGGGCGGAUCCAGGAUUUUUUUAGGAGGGGGUGCACUUGUCUCUUGCUCUACUUCAACACCAAUAAACCACAUUGUUCUUUUUUUUUGUAGAAUACCAGUUGUAUUAGAAAACUGCAGGUCAUCUCAGAGGGGGUGGGGGGGCGGACCCCCUGCACCCUCCCCCUAGAUCCGCCCCAGUAAGGUGUAUUUUAACUGACACGAAGGUGCAAAAAACGUUUCAAGGUUUUCUUUUCUGUGCCUGACUUUUUCUAAUUUACGAUGCUUUCCUUUCCUAGGAUGAUCUUCGUCGUGCAAACAGAGAUUUAAGUAAAGGAAAAGAUGAAAUGAAGAACCUCACAAGCAAAAUUGGUAAGUACCUCUCUGAACUGGCAACCCAACUUUUAAAAGUGUUGUGUGAAGUGAUGAUCUAUAAGACCAGAAUUUCUGCUUGUGCAGUUUGAACUUUUUUCAAAAUUGUCGUUUUGCUAAUUUUUCUUUUCAGUCAGGUAAAUAUAUUGCAAAUUUCGUCUAUCUUGGAAAAUAAUAUCUUAUUUCUUUGAUUCUUUUUCUACACUUGCGGUGCCUUUAGUCAAUCACUACAGGUGUCGCUAAACGUUUUUUCCCUUUUUUUGCAGAGGAGCUGAAUCUUCACAAUGACAGUUCAGAGAGAGAAAGAAAGAAAGUUGUUGCCUUAAAACAGGUUUGUUUCUAUUUCGUAAAUCCUCAAUAAUUUUAGUGGCUGUUAAAAGGCAUAGCUUAAGUAUGCAAGUCUGUAACAAAGCGUAUAGGUCCAUAAACGACUCGUAUAGCUGUUUAUCGGCUGCAAAAGAUACCUCGACAAAUCACCUCGAAGGGCAGUGAUCGUAGGGUGUCAACCAGGUCAAUCUUGAAACGGAGAUUCCACAUUCCAGUGCGAAAGCGGACGAUCUUGUUUUGUUUUGUUUUGCUCUUUGUUAUAUUUGUUGUUGUGGUUGUUGUUCCGUUACACUGUUGUGGUAAUUCUUUUUGUUUUCAAAGACGGGAACAGCCAUGAAUGCUCAAAAGAGAUACGCAAUUUUUUAUGGGGAAAAGUAAAUUCUUAAAGUCUACGCAUAAAUAUAUAGUUUUAGUCAGGCAAGCGAAGCGUCGGUCGUUAUCUUUAUAAUAGAAGCAAUAAACUUUAACGUAAUAAACUUAAAGCCACGACAAAGAAAUCCGCAAAUUUAUUCUGAACUUUAGGAACCUUCUACUUAAUUUAAGAAGAGGUUUGGUGAUUUGAGAAAGAAAAAUCCCUGAACACACAGACAAAAACGACAAAAAUAUACCCCUACUCCCCUAGUCUGUACGGGCGUCUGGCGGGUGGUGUACGCUGACGAUGGAUUUCCAGUUUCUAUAGCAAUGAAGGCUCCGCUGCACGCGCCUCGCGCGCGUCGAAGCUCCGCUAUUAAUUGCUCCCGAUAGAUGAAUGAUCUGUCCGAGUCCUUUAAUUCGUCUUCAAUAUUUUUUUGUAGAACCUGAUGGUGGAUGAGAACAUUCUAAAGCUGGAAAUCAAACGACUCAGAGAGACUCUCAGUAAUAAAGCAGAUAAUGUGCUUAACCUUGAGAAGAGAAAACUUCAGCUAGAAACGGUAAGUGUUGAUAGGUUACACGUCUUUCCUUUGCAACUAAACUGCUUUUGACUCUGAAAGAAAUCCUAUAGCCUAUUAAGGACUAUUUAUUAGUAUUAGUAUUAUCAUCAUCAUCAUCAUCAUCAUCAUCAUCAUCAUGAAAAAAUUACAGGCAACUAUACCGAAUAAAGGUGACGAUUCGCAAAGACGAUUUUUAGCGCAACACAGCUUCGCGAUGUUGGAACAAUAUUGUAACUACUCGAAACAAUGUCGCAACAAUGUUGCAACGCUGUGUCGCGCUAAAAAUCGUCGUUGAGAAUCGUCUCGUGUAAGAGCACCUUAACAGUGAACACAAGAAUUGAACACAAGUGCCCACUUAGCAAGAAUCCACACAUCUACACGCCCACCCCACACCUACACCCACGCGUUUAUGAUAUUAUUUAUCAUGCUUUGCAAGGAAGUUGUAACUUUUGAGUCUUGAUCAAUGAAAUCGAAAUCGAUGUAUUUAGCACGAAAGUACUAAUUGAGGACAACAUUUUAAGUCUGCUACUGGAGACGGGACCGCCAUUUUACGUAGUCAUCCGAGCCACGAGAAGCUCUGGCCGUUUGCAGGGCUAAGGCAGAGUACUGGUCUGAGUAUUGGUCUGGCCCCGGGAAUCGAACCCCGGGAGCUCCCGCUCUACAGGCAAGCGCUCUUCCGACUUAAUGAGAUUUUUUUUUUUUUUGACGAAAGCUUAUAGGCGCAUUGAUCGCGGCCACCAUCUCCUCUAUUUUAACUUAUCCACCUCUCCCUUGGAAUCAUUUUUUGACUCGCCCCAACUCUCUGUCAGUUUCAACGUUCAAGAUGGCGGGAGAACGUUUUUCAUAGUAUCAUCUUUUACACUGCAAAACACGCCUGAUUUGCAGGCUACCUACUGAGCCAAUCCGAUACUUGGAUAUGAUGUUUGUCUGAUUAUUCCCUCUGUCAUUAUAGGCAAUGCAGAAGCGACGUCACGAAAUAGACAUUCAUAAAGACAUGUUAAGAGCACAGAUCAAGUCUUCUGAGGAAGAAAGACAGACAGUCAGGUACAGUAGUGGAGGGAGGACUGGGGAGGAAACGUGACAACCUGUGUUAUUAGCGGGGGUAUUCGGGUGUUUAAGGAAAGGCGUUUUUGAGUGACGUGGGACAACUGGAAGUGAACCGUUUUUGUGAUGGGUUUUGAUAUGCAAAUGUGUCACUCGUUCACUUUGAGGUGACUGAGAUCGGCUCUUCGGCUCCUAUCCGAACUCGCUGCCCAAUAUGAAAACGACAUAGUUUGUUGUUGCCGAAGGGCGCCUGAGUUGUGCAUGCACUCACGCAUCCUCGUGAGAGAAUCAAACAUCUUUGCUUAAGCUCGCUAUUUACCAGGUUCUAUGACUUAUCUUAUGAGAGAAGCCCCGGGGAACGAAGUUACAACAGCGAAAACCUAGGGCAAAAACCUAUCGUGGGAGCAUGGAAGGUUGCAGAAAACGGAGUAAAUGUGUAGUAGAGGGGGAAAGGUGCUUUGAAAAGCAUGCAAGUUCAUCAGUAGGAAAUGGAAGUUAGUGGAAACUUCUUUCUCCCAUGCCCUUACCUCUAGUACCUACAAGGGCCAAAACAGUCAUUUUUGUCAUUAAUCAGAAUCGUCACCAAAUGCUCGAGUAUGGGACAAGCACUCGGUGGUAAAACGCAAGAUGUUGACUUAUCUUUUGGGUCUGCUGGAUUCAGAUUCUACUUGCGCAUUUACACCUUCCUUACUUUUCUUUUGACGAUAAUAUGGUUUCAUUUUUCAUCUUGCAGCUCAGAACUUCACGAACGGAUAUCCAAGAUCGACAAAUUAAGAAAGAGGUAUGUAGUUUGUCACCCACCAUAGAUAUAGAAAAUUCAGGGAAUCAACACAAGCACAACUGAAAACACGGGACGUGUAGCUAAAAGAAAAAAGUUCCCAGAACUUAACUCAUCUGAAAGUGCAAAACCGAAGCAGUUAUGGAGUGACAUUUCGUGUUUACUUACACCAGGUACGAAAUUCUGAUGAUCUCCAUGGCACCUCCUGAGGGGGAGGAGGAGAGGUCUCAAGCUUAUUACGUCAUCAAGGCAGCCCAGGAAAAGGAGGAGCUACAGCGAGAAGGUGACGAACUGGACGCCAAGAUAAGGAAAGCUGAAAAGGAGAUCAGGUUAGAUUGACUGGAUUCAGAUUCCCAUGGCGAGGUCACGGGUUCAAACCCCGUUGAAAUCCUGAAUUUUUUUUCAGGCUUCUUUACGCAGUUGCAUAAAUUGCUUUCACUGCGACGAUCAUUUCUUCAUUUUCAUUUCAUUUCCGCAGUUCAUAUAUGAUUUAUUUCAUAUAUCGUUAACACUUUUCUCGAAGUUAAGUCGGUCGUGAUCAUCAUCAUUAUCAUCAUCCUCAUCAUCAUAAUCAUCUAAAAUAAAUUUCCAUUAUUUAUCCUCGCCACUGUUUAUAGCACUAAUGCUAGUGGGGCCGCGCAAAUGCUUGCAACAAAUAAUGUAAAUUGAACUUAACAGGGUUAAGAAUCCCAACUGGGCGUAGGCAAACAAGCUGGCCAUUUACAAGCGUGGACGAGGAUUUGAACUCGGGACUACUGAGAGCAAAUCCAGCUCAGUAGAGGUCAGAGCGGGACUUGAACUCGGGACCUCCGAAUUGCAAGUCCUGCGCUCAAACCACUCGGCCACGCUGCCCCCGAUAUAUAUGUCAUUAUCCUCAUCAUCAUCAUCAUCACCAUCGUCAUCAACAAUAAUAUUUCUUGAAAACUCAUUUUUCUCUUCAUUCACUGCUUCCUUAGAUAUUUAAAGUAUCGUACUUCUUUAAAAUCAACCUUCUCUUAACCGACAGCUCUGAUAAUCUGAUACUGAACGAACUAAUUUAUUGUAUUUUCUUCUUCUUUUUAUAGGGCGUUAGAGAACACAUUGCGUUUGAUGAAUGGACGUAACGAGACUUAUAGGAAAAGCUUCAACAAGGUAGACGAGAUGAGUGAGGAGUUUGACGAGAAGCAGCGCUUGGAAGAUCAGAUGCGUGCUGUAAUGGACAAAUACAAAUACAAACGACGGCAAAUUCGCGAGCUUCAAGAGGAUCUGGGCUCCAUGCAGAACACGCUGGACAGUUUGACCGCGGACGAACAAGCUUUGGUUGAGGUUAUCACUGAAAAACAAGCCAAGACGACAAAUUUACAAAAGGAGCUAGACGAUCAAAAAACUAAGAAGGACAGGGCCUCUCGCGAGGCCGCUAAAAUUGCUCGCACUGUAAGAAGCGCGAAAAAGAGCCCAGGAGAACUUCAUGAAGAGAAGGAUAUGGACUUAAGAGAGCUACGAGAGUUUAACACUCGCACCAUGAAACAAAUGGGUGAAGUGCUACACAAUUACCCGGAUCUCGCUCCCAGUGUACAGAUUUAUUUUAGCCAGGCCGGGUUACCUAUGCCGCCGUCCCCUGGACCCGGGGUCUCUCGGCCUACAUCAUCGCGCAGUUCACGGAGCUCAGGAACGAUCUCGUCUGCCCGGUAAGAUUGGAAAAACAUAUUUAUCCCUUAAAAUAUCGAGCUGAGUACAUGUAAUUGUACUCCAAACCUUUUGUGUUUUAAAGAAUUCAGUUCUGACAUCGCAGGAUUUUACACACAGUACUUAACAAAAUUGCAUUGAAGUAAGUCUGUUCAUUGAUGGAGUUAGUUGGAGUAAGUAAGUCGCCUAAAGUGAUUAUUGAAUUUGAAGGGAAUCUGUAUCGACAUCGCAUCUUUAACUCCUGUAUGAAGAGAGUUGGGAGCUCACAAUUUACACAAACCACCCGAGCGGAAAUCUUCUACAUAAACAUAAAACAAUAUAAUUUGACGUGGUGGGAGGGGGGAACGAUCCAUUACAAGGUAUAUGUGGUAGUUAAUUUUUUAUUUCAGUUAAUUUUUAUUUAUCCAUUGUUUUGAGGUAUGGUAAUGCAUGCUAAUGAAUUUAAUACAAAGGAAAAACAAAAAAUAACUGACAUAAAAAAUUAACUGCAACAUAUAUAUUGAAAUCAGUUGAAUAGACGAAAAAAUGCAGAAAAAUUGCUUCCCCUCAAAUCACAGCCCAUAUUAGCCUGCGUAGAAGGCGCUUGGAAGUAGUAGGCACAAGAAAAAACGGGCGCGCGAGAGGGAGACACGCGAGUGGAGAGGUAGCACCCCUCGUAUGUCUCCCUCGCGCGCGCCCGUUCUCUCUUUCGCCCACUACUUCCAAGCGCGUGCUACGCAGGCUAAGCCCAUAUUUUCUGAAGCUUCCCAAUAAACUGAAUGGCGCGACUCAUUUGAUUUUCCAACCGGAAUUUCCGGUUUUCCAAUGCAAAUUGAUAGUACCCCAGAUGCCUUUGCACUUGAGUUGAAUGUUCUUCCAGCAACUGAUUUGUUGAAUAAUCGUCUUGUAGAUCUGAUAUAUCCACCGGAAGUCGGCGUGGUGUUGGUACAGUAGAUAUUGGAGCCUUGGCUCUCACCGGAGCCGCGAGUCCAACAGGGGCCGGGAGCCCUAAACCAGGUAUGUCAUCUUAACAUAAUGCGCAUGUCCAAAAGGAUAAAAAGCCAGGCUUACCGGUUCUUUUCUUCGGUUUCGGCGGUCAAAAGCUUUUGAAUGCAUCCCGAAAAACUGUCUACAUAAACUUCCAGUUUAAAAAGGCGUCUAAGCACUACAAUUUCACUCAUAUAGCAAUAUUGAAUUGGGUAAUAAAGAGUAUGAUAUAUUUCGUUUUGUCUUUUUAUGAGACUAUAUUACAAUAGUUCCUCCUUUUAUUCGACGAGUAAUUCCUUAUUUUCCUCAAAGAUAGUCAUCAGCAGCGCAAAGGUACAUAAGGGCGACGCACUGUCUGUCCAACCCGCCCUGUUUAGACAGAAAAAGGCGAGGGCGCAAAAAAAUUUCCUCCCGCGACGCGGGGCGGGGCGUCAGUGGAAAGGAAGGAAGAAGGAAGACUAGAACACUCUCACGUGCUUAUUUCGCUAGCUCUUUAAUCCAUGAGGAAAAAGGCUAAACUCCGUUAUUUCUCCAACACACGUUGCCUUCUAUUUAUCUUUUACUAGGGUGAUAGCACGUGAAAAGUUUGGUACAAUUUUUAACAUGUUUCAUUUGUUCCCAGGUGUCUCUCCAACGGGAAGUGCGCGGGGGAAGAAGUCAAGCUCCAGGCCGGGCUCCGCAGCUGGGUCGAAGGCCUCUUCUCGAGCGAGCAGCGCGGUCAGUCGUCGAAGCACCGAUCGGCGUUAA